UCGACUUAACUCGUCCACACGGUCUUUACUCACUGACUGAUGUUGUUUAACAGUUUACUAGCAGCUUUACUGACUAGUUUGUUCUUUGCUUUGUGUUGUUAUUAGCUUUGAUAUUUGAUAACUAAUCUACUGAAGUGGUUGAAUUGUGGUUGGUUAACUUAAUGACUGAUCUGGGACUGGUGUGGUAGUUUGAGGACUAGUUGAAUAUCUGGUUUGCUGAUGUCCGGUGCAGCUGGUCAGCUAAAGAUAUGACAACUAGUCCUGGUUGGUACUAGUAAGUAGUUGGUAGUGAAGUCACUAAGGGUUGCUGGCUGCUUUACUGACUGGUGACUGACUGGUUUACCGGUGCAUUAACUGGUAAUCUGGUCUCAGUGUGUCACUCACAUCUUUUCUUGAAGCGUGUGUAUGAAGCAUCACAUUCAAGCAGAGUUUUACUGGUUAACGGUCUGUUAACUAGUUUGCUGACUAGCUUCUACCUGGUCCAGUAACGUCUGGUUUAAACGGUUAAACUCGUGAACAUUUCUGUUUAUUGCUUCAGUCUAAUGUCAUCUGAACUGUGUGUUUUCUCAGUAAACGCUGAUUGUGUUUCUUCCAGGUGCAGAAAUGUGUCGGCUGUCCGUCGUCCUGCCUCUGACAGGCCUCUUCGUCCUCAUCGCCUCAGUGUUGGGCUCCACGUCCAGCGUUCCUGACCCGAUCACCUGCGUGACCCGUGGAGCCGACUUGACGCAGGACGGCGUCGUGGUUCUAUGUCCUCCAGGCUGCUCUCAGUGGAGGACGUCGGUGUUCGGGACGGGAAUCUACGCCGCCGUUUCAUCCGUGUGCGGCGCUGCAGUUCACAGGGGGGUUCUGGGGCCAUCCGGUGGUCCCGUGAAGGUCCACAAGCUGCAGGGACGACACAACUACCUGAGCUCGUACGCUCACGGCGUCCACUCCCAGGCCCUGUCGCACUGGACCGCCUCCUUCAGCCUCACCAAACCAGUUCAUGUUCCCCUGGAGCUGACCAGUGACACCAGUACAACGGCUCUACCAGCAGCUCAACCAGCAAAGAAACCACUGAAGAAGCCGUCAGUGAAGAAAGCUCUGCAAGGUGGAAAUAAAGACUGUCAGAUGGACAUCGCCAUGGUGAUCGACAGCAGCAACAACAUCGGCCAGCGACGGUUCAACCUGCAGAAGAACUUUGUGGCCAAACUGGCGGCCAUGUUGAGAGUCGGCUCCACCGGACCUCACGUGGGACUGAUACAGGCCAGUGAUUCUCCCAAAACAGAGUUUCUGCUGAACAACUACACUCAGCCAAAAGAGCUGAUGUUUGCCAUCAAGGAGCUGGCGUACCUGGGAGGAGAUACUAACACAGGUAAAGCCAUCAUGCACACAGCAGAGAGCUUCUUCAACCAGGAGAACGGGGGCCGACGGGGCCACCCUCGGGUCAUGAUGGUCCUGGUGGACGGCUGGCCAUCAGACGACCUGGAGCAGGCGGCCAUGUUGGCCCGGGAGAGCGGCAUCAACGUCUUCCUGGUGUCUGUGGCCAAACCGGCGGCCGAAGAGCUCGGCAUGGUGAGGGACAAAGACUUCAUGAAGAAGGCGGUGUGUAAAGACAACGGUUUCUUCAGCUAUUCGAUUCCCAGCUGGUUCAGCACAACCAAACAUGUCCGACCUCUGACCCAGAGACUCUGCGCACUGGACGGCCUCCUCUGCAGUAAAACCUGCUACAACUCUGUGAACAUCGGCUUCCUCAUCGACGGCUCCUCCAGCGUCGGAGAUGCAAACUUCCGCCUGGUCCUGGACUUCUUGGCGGGAAUCGCCAGAAGCUUCGACAUCUCGGACGUCGGAGCUCGCAUCGGUGCCGUUCAGUUCACCUACGACCAGCGGCUGGAGUUCGGCCUGUUCGACUACUCCAACAAGGAGGAGGCCAUCAACGCUCUGAGGAGGAUCCCCUACAUGGCCGGAGGGACGUCUACCGGAUCCGCCAUCAGCUUCGCCACCCAGAAGCUGUUCAGGUGA